UCAACACAAAAGAACGGAUGUAAGUGGUAGUGUAUGAGGACAAGUGCCCUCACUUGAUUUUGGAAAAAAUCAUUAGAAAAAAAAUUUAAGUAGUAAAAAUUUGUGUUUUUGAUUGUCCCUUUGAUAAAAAAAAUCACUUGUGUCUCACAUUACUAAAUGCUCUCACUUGUGUCUCAUAUUGCUAAGGGAUAACUAUCAUAUUAGUCCCUGUCUUUGUCUCACCGUCUGAGGUAAGUCCCUCCCCGGAAAAUUUAUUGUCUAAAGUCCUCGUGUUUGAAAAACGUAUGGAGCAGAUCCUUGCCGGAGGGCGGAGCUCCGGCGAGUGUCUCAAUGGCAUGCUGACUGGAUUAAUGAGCAUGACGUGGAAUUAAAAAAAAAUUAAAAAUUAAAAAAAAUUACAACUCAGAUUAUUAAACCUAAUUAACAUAUUCCUAAUUAAAACCCUAACUUAAUUAAUCAAAACAAAUUUCCCCCCCAAACUUAACCCAAUUCACAUCAAUUAAACCCAAACCCAAAAUCCCCAAUCCCCUAUCCAGAACUUAACCUAAACCCCGUUCUUCCUCUACCAUCGACUUCUCCGCCUCAACCUUGUCUUCCACUGUCGUGUUCUCUGUCGUGUUCCACCGUGUUGUUCGCCGCUCGUGAGGGACCAUCAUCUUCAAAGGAUGGUGUUCAAAUUGAUGGUGCGACAUGGGGGUUGGUUUGGAACUUCUCCAUACUGGCAUUACUUUGGUGGUGCAAAAAGUGUGUUCCAGAAUCUUGACGAGGCUAAUUGGUCCUUCUCUGACACUGUACAAAUUGUCAAAGGACUAGGCUACAAGGAGUUUGAUCUAAUGUGGGUUACUCCUGAGGAUGCUACUAAUCAUGUUUUCAGGAACUACAAAACAGAUGGGGAUGCUCUAGAAUUGGCUAAGUAUGCAGUUUCAAAUGACCGGCAUGAAGCUCUGAUUUUUGUGGACAAUCUCUCUAAAGACAUUCCCCCUUUGCGUGCACCCACUGUACCUACUGUUGUUAAGGAAAAGAAGAAACCUGGAAGCAAGGCUGCCAAACAAGUAAAGAGUGUGAGAAAGUCAAGUAGGUUGCAAGCUGUGGUGAGGAAGGGAAUAAAUCAGGGGCCUCCUGUAAUUGUAGAAUUAUCUGAUGAUGAAGCUGAGAUGAAUGCAUCACAAUUAUCUGAUGUUGUGGCCCCUGAAGCUGUCUUCCCUGAUGUUAUGGUAACAGAUAAUGUCCUCCCUGAUGUUGUGGUAAAUGAUACUGACCUCCCUGAUGUUGUGGUAAAUGAUACUAUCCUCCCUGAUGAUAUGGCUGUUGAUGGUAACCAGGAACAUGAAAAUUAUGAGUCUGAUGUUUCUGAACAAGUUGAUAGGCUCCAUGAUAGUGACGAAGAAAGGGAUUUUGAGCAUGUUGAGUUAGUUACAAACCCAAGAUUUGCUGAGGCUGAGUCCCUAUUGAAUGAGCACAUUGCCCAGAUGCUUCAACAAAGUGGUGGCAAUGGGGAUAAUGGUGAUGAGACAGAUUUAGAUGGAGGCUAUGAGAGUGAGGACCUUCACAGUGUCCCUACUGAUAGUGAUCAAGAAGACAUUCCCAGGAGAAAGUUUGAAAGAUUCCGUGAGGAAGACAUGGGCUCAGAUUUCAAAUUUAAACUAGGUAUGGACUUCAUAUCACUUGCACAGUUUAAAGAUGCUCUGACUCAGUAUUGUGUGGAAAAUAAUAGAGAAUAUAAAUACAAGAAGAAUGAUAGCAAGAGAUGUAGGAUUGUUUGCAGGAGCGAUGACAGUCCAUUUCUGAUCUUAUGUAGCAAGGUUGGAAACAAAGAGACUUAUAGAAUCAAAACUCUUAGGGGAGAGCACACAUGUGCUAGAGUUUUUGAUAAUAAGUCUGCCAGUGUUAGAUUUGUGACAAAAAAAUUGUUGAACAAGGUGAGGACUGUUAAUAAAAUUAGCACAAAUGAGAUUGUUGAUGACUUUAGGGUAAACCUUGGGAUUGGAAUUACCAGGUACAGAGCUUGGAAGGGUAAGCAAUUGGCAACUGAAGAGGUGGAUGGAGCUACUGCAAUGCAGUAUACUUUGCUGUGGAGAUUCAGCAAUGAGUUGAGAAGAAGGAAUGCAGGUAACACAUGCAAAAUGAGCUUUGAAACACCAAGAGCUAGCUUGCAUCCAAGGUUUAGUAGAUAUUAUAUGUGCUUGGAAGGGUGUAAGAGAGGGUUCCUCAAUGGAUGUAGGCCAUUUAUUGGCUUGGAUGGAUGCCAUCUGAAAACUAAACAUGGAGGGAUCCUUUUGUCAGCUGUAGCUCGUGAUGCAAAUGAGGAAUACUUCCCCCUUGCUUUUGCUAUGGUUGAAAGUGAAAACAAGGACAGUUGGAGGUGGUUUUUGGAGCUAUUGAUGGAUGACAUUGAUCCUUCAAGGUCUCGUAGAUGGGUCUUUAUCUCAGACCAACAAAAGGUAAGUAUAUAUCAUCUUUCUCCUAAAUUCGUUACAAUCUAAUGGUGAAUAUUGUAAUUGCAAAUGAUUGUGUUAUGUUAUCAUGACAGGGUUUGAUGGAAGUCUUUAAAGAGGAGAUGAUGCAAGGUAUGGAUCAUAGGCUGUGUGUGAGGCAUUUGUAUGCAAAUUUAAAGACCAAGUUUGGUGGUGGAGUGCUUUUAAGGAACUUAAUGAUGGCAGC